AUGGCACCCCCUCCGCCCGCCAGCGUCCCUCUCACCCAGAGGCUUUUGCUUCUCGCCCAGACCCUGCAAUUUGCUUGGUUUGCCGGACACCUGACUCUGAUCCUGUCCGUUAUUCGCUAUUCCUUCUCCUACGUUACCUUCAACUACUACAGCAGAGUCGCCCGCUGGAGUUACCGAUUGGCCUUCCUCUCGGCCUGCCUUACCUACGGUAUUGUCGUCUACAAGACCCUGAGAGCUCGCAGCAAGGCUGGAGCUAAGGCGCCCCAGAGCCCCUUGGCUCUCAUCGCCGACGAGAAUGUCCAGUACCUUGUCAUGUCCCUGGUCUGGCUCUUCUCUCCCCAGUACCCCCUGGCUAUGCUUCCCUACGCCAUCUACUCCGUCUUCCACGUCGCCACCUACACGCGCGCCAACGUGAUUCCCACCAUCACUCCCCCCAAGCCCAUCGCCCCGGCUGCUGGCGCUUCUCCCGGCGGAAAGCCCCAGUACGCGCACAACCCCAUUGCCGACAAGAUUGGCGCUUUCGUCAAGGAGUACUACGACGCGUCCAUGUCCGUGGUUUCCUCCCUUGAGAUCCUCCUCUGGGUUCGCCUUCUGCUGUCCGCCAUCACUUUCCAGCGCCGCUCCUGGAUUCUGAUUGCCAUCUACACUGCCUUCCUGCGUGCCCGCUUCACCCAGAGCUCUCACGUUCAGAACUCGUUCGCCAUGUUCGAGUCCCGCGUUGACUCCGCCGUCGGCAACCAGGGUACUCCCCCUGCCGCUCGCCAGGCCUGGGACACUGUCAAGGGAGGCGCCCGCCAGUUCUACGCCUACACCGACCCUAACCGCUACCUCAGCGGUACCGCCGUCCCCAAGAAGACCUCCUAA